AUGUUUAAUCUGGACUCGGAUGGUGCGUCACAGGUGGAAGCAGAUGUGGAUUCAAUAUCGGAAAGUACUAUCAAAGGUGAACGUGUUAUAUUUAAGGAUUUACCUGCAUAUUUAUUUGAAGAAAAAUUGAAGGGAGAUGCGUCUACUAAUGAAUAUAGUUCAUAUUACAAUGGAUUAAAUAAUUUUAGUAAACGUUAUCCAUGGCUUGAUGAUAUAUUUAAGAAACUAAGCAGAAAUAUAGCCUUAGUGCAAGAGAGUUAUGUUGAGGGAGAUGAUUUCAACAAAAAGCGCUGUUAUGAUUUAAAUUACUGGUUAUAUAAUGAAGUAUAUAACAAACUUCAAACAUCAGAGAAAGAUCUUGUACACUUUAAUGAGAUUACUACUAAUCUUAAAGCAGUAUGGAAAAAGAUCGUCGAUGAUACGUUUGGAGGUGGUGACUAUAAAUGUUAUCCAGAUGAAAAGUUACUUGUUAACAUGGGAUUCUUGCAAGAAAUUAAGGAUUUAUUUGAUUUUUAUGAAGAUUUUAAUGAAAUGAAAAAGGAAAUCAUUUAUGAUACUUAUAAUUCAUGCUUUAAAUAUUCUGAUUACCUUAGACAAAGAAUUCCAGUAUAUUAUGCGUGGAGAGACUCAUGUCAAGUGGAUGAUUUUGCUUGUAAAAGAUACAUUGAUGAUUAUAUGAAAUAUCGACCUGCGAGUAUUGUGCCAGAAUUAAGCUACCUUCGUGUUAUCUUAACUUAUCCUGGUAAUCCAUGUUAUUCAUCAGUUUAUGAAUUAUUUAUAGACGCAAAAACGCAGCCUAAACGUAAUGAUGAUAUAUAUAGGAGGAAAAUGGAAAAACUUGCAAAGGAAAAUCCCCAAGGUAAUUUACUUUCAACUAAUAUGGGAGACGGAUUACGUGGAAGUGAAUUUUUUAUUCCGGGUGAUCAUGAUGACUAUUGGUUACGUUUUAAGUGGGAUAUAUAUUUUUUUUUUAAGGAAGACCUCUCGCCUCCUUUGCUUAGCAUAACGGGUGGGUUCCUGAUUUUGUAUGCCCUUUAUAAGUUUACGCCAUUGGGAAAAUUGUUCAAACACACGCGCGCAAAACUAAGGAGAAGAUUUCGACCCAACCUUAACUACGAAGAUAUUGUGUUAUUAUAUGGAAGUGAUGAAUCUUUAGCGAGCAGCUCUGACGAUAGCAGUUAUAACUUAUCAUACGCAUCUUCGACGGAUAGUUAG